AUGGCUGAUUGCGAGACAUCGGACCUAACGGACCAAACCGCUUCUUUGUCUUCUCGACCUCCGAAAAGGAGAAAGCUGCCAGUCAACUACAAGUGGUUGAGGCGAGCGUGUCCAGAGUCUUCAGAUGUUGCAAAAUCGGCCAAAGCACUGAAGAUGGUGUUUGAGACAAAUCUGGACUGUUGUUUGGAAGCACUAGCUUCAACUCGCGCAAAUCAUGAAGCACCCGCUCCGCAACGAUUGGAAAAGCUUCAUGUCUCUUGGGCCAAUCUUCUCAACAAGACCUAUCAGAAGUGUGCAGAGUCUGUGAUGAAGGAGUUGGGCCAAGUGAAGUUGGAGCCAGUUUAUCCUGAGUUGAAUGUGCAGGAGGGAUUCCUAUCCGCUCGUAAAACAUAUGAAAGCGUGACCACCUACACCUAUCAUGGUACAAAGCAGCAGAAUAUCGACUCCAUCUCGCACACGGGCCUUUUGAUGCCUGGAAUUGGAGGACAUACUGUGAAGAACGGAUCUGCUCACGGAGUUGGUAUCUACACUGCGCGCUUGGGCUCUGCUGGGCUUUCAAGAGGAUUUUGUGAUUCGGACCAGAUGUUUCUUUGCGGAGUUUGUGAUCCGAGCGUUCCAGUGCCAACCAGCGAAACUGAUCACAAGCCAACGUGGAAGCCCUCAAGCACAAUAGUCCAGACUCAGUUUCCAAAGAGACAACCUGUACCACCACGCGCUGCAAACAAAAAGUUUGAGCUUCACCGGAAGUCCGACGAGGUGAUCCAUGUGGGCGACGCUGUGGUGACCUUCAAACAGAAUUUGGUCGUUCCAUUGUUUCGUGGAGCGUUGGAUUAG